CGUGGCUGGUGGCAAAGCACAGGCCGCGCACUGCUCCCCCGCUCGCUCCUGGUCCGCGCUCACGCCUCCUCGCACCAAGGGCUCCUGCAGGACUCUCCACGGCCGCCGAAGGAGACCAUGCCAGAGAGCGGCCCGCGGCGCUCGCCCUCAGGUUCCGUGUCGCGAGAGCUCACCGAAGGCUGACUGAGACGCCAAAAUAAAUGGGCAACGACUAGUUCGGGCAGUCAAGCAUGCCCAAGGGAGGCGAGGCGGUCUCAGUGCUCCUCUGAACACUGAGGUGAGCACAGGUUCAUCCUCCUACUCCUCCUCACCCUCCUCUCCAUCCUCCUCCUCUUCCUCUCUCUCUCUCAUCUCCUCAUCCCGCGAGCCUUUGGAAGAGAGGCCCCGCCAAGGACACCGAGGGGCCCUUGUCACCCUGCCCAGGCAUCGAAUCAAGCGGCCGGUCCAUUUCAAAGGGCGUUUCCCACGAAGGAGGAGCCGAUCCUCGCGCGUUCUCUGGGGAUAGAGGAUUCCUAGGGCCUUGGAAGAGAGCAGGAUGUCGACGGCGACGCAGCAGCAGGCCACGCUGGUCCUGGAGGAUGGGUCGUCCUUCCCAGGCUUCGUGUUUGGCGCCCCCGUGUCUUUCGCCGGGGAGGUCGUGUUCCAGACGGGCAUGGUCGGGUACCCUGAGGCCCUGACCGACCCUUCGUACUGCGGGCAAGUGCUGGUCCUCACCUACCCUUUGGUUGGCAACUACGGGGUCCCGGACACCAGCGCCGUCGAUCCUCUGGGACUUUCCAAAUGGUUGGAGAGCAGCAAGAUCUGGGCAGGAGGGCUGGUCGUGGGCGAGGUGUGCAACGAGCCCUCCCACUGGUCCUCCGUCAGCACCCUCCACCAGUGGCUCCUCGGCGAAGGCGUGCCCGGAAUCCAUGGCAUCGAUACCCGCUCGCUCACCAAGAAGAUUCGCGAGCAUGGAUCCUUGCUCGGGAAAAUCGUGGUCGAAGGAGGCGAAGAUCCUCCUCUCUCGGAUCCCAAUAAAGUGAAUCUCGUGGACCGGGUUUCCAUAAAGGAACCGCGCGUGUUUAAUCCUGACGGCGACGUGAGAAUAAUGGCCGUCGACUGCGGGCUGAAGUACAACCAGAUCCGGUGCCUGGUCAAGCGCGGGGCCAAGGUGACGGUGGUGCCGUGGAAUCACAUCCUGGACUCGGCUCAGUACGAUGGUCUCUUCCUCAGCAAUGGACCGGGUGAUCCGCAGAUGUGCAAACAGACUGUGGAACAACUGCGGUCUGUUCUGGCGUCGGGCACAAAACCUAUAUUUGGCAUCUGUCUAGGGCAUCAGCUGCUGUCUGUUGCGGCUGGAUGCUCCACAUACAAGAUGAAAUACGGAAACCGCGGACACAACCAGCCGUGCGUGCAUGAGGGGACAGGCCGUUGCUUUAUCACGUCUCAGAAUCACGGGUUCGCUGUGGACGCCGCCUCCCUCCCCCAGGAAUGGGCUCCUCUGUUCACCAACAAGAACGACAACUCGAACGAGGGCAUUGUUCAUCGUACUCUUCCCUUCUUCAGCGUCCAGUUCCAUCCAGAGCAUGCGGCGGGUCCGGAAGACUUGGAAUCCCUCUUCGACCUGUUUCUCGACCUGGCGCGGCAGAGCGGACGGGGCGUGACCAGGGAGAACUGGGACAUGCCGAGUAUCAUCAACAGUCAUCUGGCUUACACGCCCCUCCCAGACGUACCCCAGGCUGAUGUGGGUAGAGUUCCCAACAAGGUCCUUAUCUUAGGCUCGGGAGGCCUUUCCAUUGGCCAGGCUGGAGAAUUUGAUUACUCUGGUUCACAGGCAAUCAAAGCAAUGAAGGAAGAAGGCAUCGAGUCCGUUCUCAUUAAUCCAAACAUCGCUACCGUCCAGACAAGCAAGGGUCUUGCUGACAAAGUGUACUUUUUACCUAUAACGGCUUCGUAUGUUGAGCAGGUAAUCAAAUCAGAGCGUCCUGACGGAGUACUGCUGACCUUCGGAGGACAGACCGCUCUCAACUGCGGCGUAGAGCUGGAGAGAGCUGGCGUUUGGGCCAAGUAUGGGGUCAGGGUCCUUGGGACGCCCGUGACUUCAAUCGUCCAGAGUGAAGACAGGAAGAUGUUUGCUGAAGUCGUUGCUUCUGUGGGAGAGCGAGUGGCUCCUUCGGCUGCUGUGUAUUCUGUAGAGGAGGCCUUAGAAGCAGCAGAAAGGAUAGGUUAUCCAGUAUUAGCUCGGGCAGCAUAUGCUCUCGGUGGCCUCGGAUCUGGCUUCGCUGACACACCUCAAGAGCUUGCGAAAUUGGCGACUUCAGCUUUUGCGCAUUCUAAUCAGCUUAUCAUCGACAAGUCACUGAAGGGUUGGAAAGAAGUAGAAUAUGAAGUUGUACGAGAUGCCUUUGAUAACUGUAUAACGGUGUGUAACAUGGAAAACGUGGAUCCUCUAGGAAUCCACACAGGCGAGAGCUUCGUCGUGGCUCCGUCUCAGACCCUGACCAACAGGGAAUAUAACCUCCUUCGCUCCACUGCUUUGGCUGUUAUUAGGCGCCUCGGUGUGGUUGGAGAAUGCAAUAUUCAGUAUGCUUUGAAUCCCACUUCGGAGGAAUAUUAUAUUAUUGAGGUUAACGCUAGGCUGUCCCGCUCCUCCGCCUUGGCCUCCAAAGCGACAGGGUAUCCUCUGGCAUACGUGGCGGCCAAACUCGCCCUCGGGAAAGCCCUUCCAGACCUGACCAACUCUGUCACGGCUUCUACCACCGCCUGCUUUGAGCCCUCGCUGGAUUACUGCGUGGUGAAGGUGCCUCGCUGGGACCUCUCCAAGUUCAAUAGGGUCUCUACCAAGAUUGGGAGUUCCAUGAAGAGCGUCGGGGAGGUGAUGGGCAUCGGCAGGAGCUUUGAGGAGGCGCUGCAGAAGGCUCUGAGGAUGGUUGAUGAAACAACGAGUGGUUUCGAUCCCUACUGUAGUGAAGCAGAUGAAAACGAACUCCAGCAACCGACAGACAAACGCAUGCUGGUUCUUGCAGCUGCUCUGAAAAAGGGUUGGGACGUUGAACAGCUGUACAACUUGACCAAAAUUGACAAGUGGUUCCUCUAUAAAAUGAAGAAUAUCACCGAUAUGUAUGAUAAACUAGAGAGCCUCGUUGAUGAGGAGCUUACUGAAGAGGUGUUGCAGCGUGCCAAGCAACUAGGUUUUUCUGAUAAGCAAAUUGGAAAUGCUGUUCAAUGUACGGAUCUGGCUGUGCGUGCGUUGAGGGAGAAGCACAACAUCAUGCCUACGGUUAAGCAGGUUGAUACCGUAUCUGCUGAAUGGCCAGCUGCCACCAACUACUUGUAUCUCACCUACAAUGGAAACACUCAUGACCUCGCCUUCCCGCCCGGUGCCACUCUUGUGAUAGGCUCUGGUGUCUAUAGAAUAGGAUCAUCAGUUGAAUUCGACUGGUGUGCAGUGCAGUGCCUCAGGACUCUCCGCAAACUGGGGCAUCGGACAAUCAUGGUGAACUACAAUCCUGAGACUGUGUCCACGGAUUACGACAUGUGUGACCGUCUGUACUUCGACGAAGUGUCCUUUGAGGUUGUGAUGGACAUCUACAACUUGGAGAACCCCAAGGGCGUGAUCUUGAGCAUGGGAGGACAACUUCCGAACAACAUUGCCCUAGAUUUGCACCGCCAGAAAGCCCGCAUUUUGGGCACGUCACCCGAGUCCAUUGAUGGGGCUGAGAACAGGUUCAAGUUUUCGCGUAUGUUGGAUCGCAUUGGGAUCUCGCAGCCUCAAUGGAAGGAACUGACCAACCUCAAGUCAGCCCAGGCUUUCUGCGAGGAGGUCGGCUUCCCCUGCUUAGUGAGGCCGUCGUACGUGCUCUCGGGGGCGGCUAUGAACGUGGCCCAUUCGCCCCAGGACCUAGAGACGUACCUGAACCAGGCCGCGGCUGUUUCCAAAGAGCAUCCUGUGGUGAUUUCAAAGUUCAUUUUGGAAGCCAAGGAAAUAGACGUGGACGCCGUGGCCGCCGAUGGAGAGCUGGUGUGCAUGGCUGUGAGCGAGCACGUGGAGAACGCCGGCGUGCACUCGGGCGACGCCACGCUCGUCACGCCCCCUCAGGAUCUCAACUCGGAGACUCUCGCGAAGAUCACCUCCAUCUGCGCUGCCAUUGCCCGGGCGCUGGAGGUGAACGGGCCUUUCAACAUGCAGCUCAUUGCAAAGGAUAAUCACCUGAAAGUCAUCGAGACCAACCUGAGGGUAUCUCGAUCUUUCCCCUUCGUCAGCAAGACGUUGGACUUCGACUUCGUGGCUUGUGCGACCAAGGUGAUCGUUGGGGAGAAGGUGGCCGCUACGGAUGUGUUACGAGGCUGCGGCAGAGUCGGAGUCAAAGUGCCGCAGUUUAGCUUUUCUCGUCUGGCCGGCGCAGAUGUUAUGUUAGGUGUAGAGAUGGCGUCCACGGGCGAAGUAGCUUGCUUUGGGGAGAAUCGCUACGAAGCCUACCUGAAGUCCAUGAUUUCUACGGGCUUCGUCAUUCCCCAGCGCUCCAUUCUUCUGUCUAUUGGUAGCUACAAGCACAAGAACGAGUUGCUUCCGGCGGUCAGGACACUGGCACAGAUGGGAUACAAAUUAUACGCAUCUUUAGGAACAGCUGACUACUACUCAACCCAUGGCAUACAGAUCGAGCCGGUGGAAUGGGCGUACGAGAACAUUGGCGAGACGCCCACCAAGGGCCAGCUCUCUUCCAUGGCCGAUUAUUUGGCCAGAAAGGAGUUCGACCUGGUGAUCAACCUUCCCAUGCGCGGCGGAGGUGCUCGGCGCGUGUCCUCCUUCAUGACUCAGGGCUACCGGACGCGUCGCAUGGCCGUCGACUUCUCCGUUCCGCUCGUCACUGAUGUCAAGUGCGCCAAGUUGCUGGUCGAGGCCUUACGACUAAUUGGUGGAGCUCCAGACCUGAAGACUCAUGUGGACUGUGUCACUUCACGCAGGAUUGUGAAGUUGCCUGGGCUUAUUGACAUCCAUGUACAUGUCAGAGAACCAGGUGCGACUCACAAGGAAGAUUGGGCAUCAUGCACGGCUGCAGCUUUGGCAGGAGGUGUGACACUCAUUUGUGCCAUGCCCAACACCCAGCCUCCUGUCACUGACCUUGAUACUCUCACGCUGUCAAAGGAGCUUGCCAGUCGAGGUGCACGCUGUGAUUAUGCUAUCUUCAUGGGUGCCUCAAAUGACAACUAUAGCACAGCACCUGAAUUGGCCCCUCGUUCUGCUGCUCUCAAGAUGUACCUGAAUGAGACUUAUACAACACUCAAGUUGGACGAUACAACAGUUUGGCUGAAGCACCUUGAGUCAUGGCCAGCACAUAUCCCUGUAUGUGUCCAUGCAGAAGCACGUACCAUGGCAGCUGCGUUGAUGACUGCAAGCUUGGCAUCGAGACCCAUUCACAUCUGCCAUGUUGCACGGAAGGAGGAAAUCCUUCUGAUUAGAGCAGCAAAAGCAAAGGGAAUGCAAGUGACCUGUGAAGUGUGUCCUCAUCACCUGUUCCUUACCUGUGACGACCUGGAACAGUUGGGACAGAAGGGAGAAGUUCGACCUUGUCUCGUCACAAGCGAAGAUCAGCAAGCUCUGUGGGACAAUCUGGACAUAAUUGAUUGCUUUGCAACAGACCAUGCACCACAUACACUUGAGGAGAAAACAGGGGGUAAGGCUCCACCAGGUUUCCCUGGGCUUGAGACGAUGCUGCCACUCUUGCUGACGGCUGUUACGCAGGGCAGGCUCUCAAUGGAGGACCUGAUCAAUAAGCUGCACCACAAUCCCCGUCGCAUUUUCCAACUGCCGCGCCAACCAAGAACACACAUAGAAAUUGAUCUUGAUGCCCAGUGGACUAUUCCUGAAGCUCUGCCCUUCAGUAAGUCACAGUGGACCCCAUUCGCUGGCAUGAAAGUGACUGGACGUGUUCAGAGAGUCGUCCUGCGAGGAGAAGUGGCCUAUGUGGAUGGACAAGUACUCUUGUCUCCUGGUUUUGGAGAAGACGUCAGGGAAGCCCAACCCCUUACCACUGCUUCCUCAAGCGUCACUGGAGGACCUCCUGUUUUCCCAAGUCCCCUUUGUGCUCAUCCCUCGACCAUCAAUUUGCCACCACACAGUCAGCACACACCAGCAGGAUUUAUUAACCAUAAAGUUGCAGUUAAUGGAGAAAUUCCUACUCCUGCAGAACCAGUCCUGGCAACACCAACAACAGUCACUCCUUCCCUCUCCUCUCCAUCACGCAAAGUUGGACAGUCACUUCACCAGACGUCAGAGUUGUAUAGCGAGAUGUUGAUGGAGCUUGGUGUGGGAGACUCGGCAGAAAGGAAGGGAAGAUCCACGGUAAGACUUAAGACAAGGGAUGCAUCUCCAGCCCGUCCAAUGCCCAGCAUCCCAUCUGGUUUACCUGGCAUAACCACCUCUCAUGGCCUUCAGGGUCAACAUGUCCUGAGUGUUCAGGGACUGAGCAAGGACCAGCUGAACCACAUCUUCAACUUGGCCCAGACUUUCCGUGUCUGCAUUAACAAGGAGCGACCUCUUGAGCACAUUCUUAAGGGCAAGCUGUUGGCACUGAUGUUCUAUGAAGUGUCUACUAGAACAUUCUGCAGCUUCCAGGCAGCCAUUCAGCGCCUUGGUGGACGUACAGUUACAAUGGACACAAACACUUCUUCUGUCAAGAAGGGAGAGACCCUUGAAGAUUCUGUGAUUAUGAUGUCAGGGUAUGCAGAUGUUGUAGUACUGAGGCACCCUGAACCAGGAGCUGUGGCUAGAGCAGCAGCUGUGAGCAGACGUCCAGUUAUAAAUGCAGGUGAUGGUGUGGGAGAGCAUCCAACACAGGCACUGCUUGAUGUGUUUGCCAUUAGAGAGGAAAUUGGUACUGUAAAUGGCCUGAUUAUUACAAUGGUUGGAGACUUGAAGCAUGGAAGAACUGUACAUUCCUUGGCUCGAUUGUUAACACUGUACAAUGUGCAGCUUAGAUAUGUUGCUCCUCCUGGCUUGGGCAUGCCAGACUAUGUUACACAGUAUGCAGCUUCACAAGGAAUCCACCAGGAGGAAUUUAGUAGCUUGGAAGCUGCUCUUCCAGACACUGAUGUUCUCUAUAUGACACGCAUUCAGAAAGAAAGAUUUGGAACUCCAGAAGAUUAUGAACGGGCCUGUGGACACUUCAUCGUGACGCCCCACCUGAUGACACGUGCCAAAAGGAAGAUGAUCGUCCUCCACCCCUUGCCAAGGAACCAGGAAAUUUCCCCGGAGUUCGACACGGAUCCUCGGGCCGCUUACUUCCGCCAGGCUGAGGGAGGGAUGUAUGUGAGGAUGGCGCUGCUUGCCAUGGUCCUCGGGAAGUGCUGAAUGUUGAGCGUUGUUUGAUGCUAAUUGGAAAAAAAUUGAAGGAAUUGUGUUGAUGAUGCUAUGUGUCUAUAGCAACCUUUUUUUUUCUCUCUAAAGAUGCAGGAAGAUUUAGAUGAAUCUUGAAAAUUUGUUGAAGAUGGAAAUUAAACUGAAUUGCUAUAUUGGAAAUGAAAAAGAAAUGUUUCCAGAAGGUAAGAUGAGUAAUUUAACAAUAUUAAGAUAAUCUUUUAUGAGAAUCCACACAGUAUUAUAUACAAUGGAUAUAUUUCAUAAGGAAACAAUAUUGAAUAAAUGAGCUUCACAGGAAAUACUUUCAUUUAGCACCUGUUAAUCAAAGCUCACUGUAAUCAAAUUAUUUAAGAACUUUUUUUCUUAUUUUAUUUUGAUUCAAAAGGAAAAUAUCUUGUAGCUUUAGUAUAUUGCUAUUUUGAUUAUUAUAAGAGGAAUUUAGGUUACAGUUAGUACUGCAUAGGAAUCAAAAUUAUGCCAUGAAAGAAUUUGUUGAAACACAUCUAUUUACUGAAAAUCAUAUUUUUUUGUGAAGAAAACACAGUAUGUGGCUGAAGGUUAGAAUUCAGCUGUUAGAAAAGAGACAUUUUCCUCAAGUAUAUUACUAUAAAUGCUUAUAUUUAGGCAAAUACUGUAUUAUUCAAAAGUAUUCAUGUAUGAAGGAGAAUCUUGUGGCUGUAGACCUGUAGAUUCUGAAUCCAUAUAAUAGCUAAACUUAAUAAAAACUAUGCAAAGAAUUUCA